AUGGCGACAGCAGAUAUCCUCACCCCCACCCCGGCCCACAUGCCUCCCACCUUCAAUGGAGCCAACGUAUUAAAACCCGACGCCACUGGCAUUGUGGACGCCUCUUCCCCUGAGGAAUCCAUUCGGUUUGAUCCACAGAAACAUCUCCAGUUCUCUCCUCCAUCGAAAGUCCAUUCUAUGAAGGAGCUUGAGUAUAGCCACGACGUUGGGCUCUCACCAAUUGGUGUCUCCGACCCAUUCCCGCUGUUUUCUCCUGAAGCCAUUUUCCAGAUGCGAAAAGAGGUUCUUAAUGAUCAAGUCUGGGCAAAAUAUCAUUUCUCUAGCAAUCUGUCCCAGAGCCAGCUGCGAGGAUAUGCUCCUAAAUAUGCUCCUUUUGUUUAUGAUGCGUGGAGAAGCCCAGAGGUUCUGGGAAUCGUUUCAACAAUUGCUGGAAUCGAUCUUGUCCCUUCAAUGGACUGGGAGUUAGGGCAUGUCAACAUUUCUGUCCUACCACAGGCUAAGAAAGCGCUUCCUGGUCCUGAGGAGGAUGGGGAGGAGAAGCCUGUCGUGGAUUGGCAUACAGAUAGCUAUCCAUUUGUCUGCGUGACAAUGCUCAGUGACUGUACGAAUAUGGUAGGCGGCGAAACGGCAGUGAGGAAAGGGGAUGGAUCCAUCCUCAAAGUCAGAGGGCCGCAGAUGGGAUGUGCGAUUGUACUCCAAGGUCGAUAUAUUGAGCAUCAAGCCCUACGCGCUAUGGGUAAAACCGAGAGAAUCACGAUGGUAACAUCAUUCCGCCCGCGCUCAGCGAUCAUCCGCGACGACACCGUUUUAACAACCGUUCGCGCAGUAUCUGACCUCUCGGAGCUAUACUUGCAGUUUUCUGAGUACAGGCUUGAGAUGCUUGAGGAACGAAUCCGGAUCCAGCUCAAAGAGAUCCGCAAUAGGAGACGCGCGGGAAGAAACUUCAACACAAAGGCGAUGAAGAAGUUCCUGGUCGAACAGGAGAAAUUCCUCGCCCACAUGAAUAAUGAAAUGGUCGAAGACGAACUGGUGCCAAAAGGCUACACAGACGAUAGCCAUUUGGUUUCCGAGGAACUCAAAGCACGCUUUAGAAAGCGAUUCAGUGCUACUUCUUAG